CUCAUUCAGAUGUUGUAACUCGUUGUUUCGCUGUAAAGUCGCCAUUCCUUGCAUCAGACGCCAACUUCCAUAACCGUUUUCAGGAAAUGAUCCAUGCCUUUCGCUCACCAGCUUCCUAACAUUUUUCUUCUUCAUUUCUUGAGAAUUGACAAAAACGAGAUUUCCAUCACGUUUUUACGUAGAUGGUAAUCAAAUACGUAGCAAGCCCUUCAUCAACCCUCCCUGUUUUCGCCCUCUUCUCUGAUCAUUUUAUUAGUUAGUAUUCAAAUAUAAGGAUACACAAAUUCAAUAGAAUUUGUUUCGCAGCUGAAUAAGCAGCAGUUGUUUGGAGAAAUCUGAUCUCGGGGAAGCAAGGAAGGAACAAACAUUGUUGUUGAUGACUCUGGCAGCAAUGGGGUUGGGGCAAGUAAUAAUAUUUUUUAUUAUGAUGAUGAUGAUGAUCCAGGCCUAUGCCGGAGACACAAACAUUGAAUUUAGCCCCUGUUCAGAUGCUAAAGUUCAAAGAUUUGAUGGAUUUACAUUUGGGCUUGCAUUUUCUUCAAAGGAGUCUUUUUUUUUCAAUCAAACUCAACUUUCCCCGUGUGAUCGCCGUCUUUCUCUGUCCGGAUAUAAUGCUCAACUUGCAGUCUUUAGGCCAAAGGUUGAUGAGAUUUCAUUACUCACCAUCAAUAGUGCUGCCUUCAAUCCGAGCAAAGCUGGAGGUUAUAUGGUGGCAUUUGCUGGAAGACAAUAUGCAGCUCGAUCAAUUCCUGUAUUCGUUGCAGACGACAUUAACACUAUAACCAGCUUCACUCUGGUUCUCGAUUUCCGAAAAGGCACCCUCCAAAACUUAUUCUGGAAGAAGUUUGGGUGUGGUUCAUGCACUGGGAACUCUUUUGUCUGCCUUAACAACACUGAUUGUGCAGUUCCGAAUUCCAAAUGCAAAAGUAAUGGAGGGUCUAUUGGUUGUGACCUGGGCAUACAAGUUACCUUCUCUGGUACCGACAGAAACGACAACGUGCUAAACUCAUGGUACGAGGUGGCAAACCUUCGGCAAUACUCCCUUUAUGGCCUUUAUUCUGAUCUUCGCGAUUCUCUAACCAGUCCAUUCAAAAACCUGUUCUGAGUUUUCAAGAUCUUAUUGUACGUACACAUUGGUGGGAGUGGGAGUGUAGAUCCAAUUUCGGACAUCAUAUACCUCAGCUGUACUGCAUGUAUAUCCUGUCAUAUACCCUGAGUUCAGCAAUAAUGACAAGAAAUAUGUACCUAUUUAAUUCCUUUAAUUAGAUGGCUAAUAUGAUUACACUAGGUAGGAAAUAAUCUGAUUGGCAUGUUGGUUUACUUCUGGGCACCAACUUGUGUUAUGAGAAAAUCUCUUUGGCAAGCA